GAGUUCGCUGUCUCCCUUCCACUUGCAGGAUAGAGCGAGUGAGUGUGCGUAACUGUCAAGCGCGGGAUCGGCGAAUUGUACACAAACAAAACCAUUCGCAUCCACAGCGCGCAAUGUGCAGUGUCCCCACGGGUUGGUAGGGUUUUGGCCGAAUUGAUCUAUUAAGUUUGCACUCUUGAAGGAUACGUACGAUUGCUGAUGUUACCAUGAGCACCACGAAACCGACACCGACAAGGCAAAAGAAGAAAAAGCCGCCUGCCAAUGGUGAAGCGGCAGCUCGCAGCGUAAAGAAGGUUUCGGCGUCGGAGCUGCAAAAGUUAAUGGCUACGCAGGGACAGCCAGGCAAGCCGGGCAAAGUGAUUGGCGUAACCAAGGUACCUCACGGUACGGUUUCAGACACCAGCGCACCGCGGGUAGCGAUAAAAGAUGAGCCCAAUUGGGAACAUAACCCACUAUCGGAGGAAGAGGCGGGUAUAGUUAGCUCUUUUUCCGAUUCCACGGAUGUAACCGACGAUUUUUCCGAACUGGUCGUAAACCCAAGCACGUCUGUCAAAACGAUGGAAGACUUUGAGGACAUCAUUGAAUACGGCGUUUGCAGAGGCGAGAUCGACGAUGACACACCGAUCGUUACCACCAGGCGAGAGCUACGACAGAUUAUAAAAGACGCUUUUCAGACCCACUUGCGUUCGAUAAAUACCCGGUUGGCCAGUAUCGAGGGUUCGAUCGGUUUGCUGUUGAAUAGUGUCGCUGUUCCCAACGACGGCGAGGUGGAGGACUAUAUACCGACGGCGAACUCGUUCGAAUUUAAAAUCAUCGACAACAGCGAGGAUCUGGAGCUGUUGAACGAGCGUUUGGAAACGGAUGAAGAGUACGCCAAGAAGCUGCUCCAGUGGCUGCAAGCGCGGCUAUGCACGAAUGAGAGCAAAAAACGCAUGUCCAGAGCGCUGAGUGCUAUGUUUACCCUGGAGUUUCUCUGUACCGUUACCUGGACCGGCAAAGGGAAGCAGGCCAAACUAGCAAUGUCACGGUACAAAGCGGUGGUUCAACUGUUUAAAACAAUAGGCACUACCCGGCUCUGUACGAUUGACGACCGAGCGGUGGCAGAUUUUUUCAUUGUUAAGCUACGCUACACAGGGUUAAAUUUAAAACGACGAAAAGAUAAAAAAUAGCAGGAAGAGUUUGUUUUGCAUUUGUAACAUUAGGAGAGUAAAGUAUCGUUUUACGCUAGACUAAAUGUAUUGAACACAGUGACCGAUAAGUGUAAAAAGACAGUAAACAUCUGUUCCGAUCGGCAGUGUAUGGGUUUACUUAACACACGAAGGAGUUAUCCCAGCGCUUACAGCA